UGCGACCCAGAUGGGAAGUAGGAAGUGCCGCGCCUGAGCUUCCUGUAUAAAUAAACCCGCGGCUCCCGGCGCUGCUGCUGGCGAGCUGCCUCCUAAGCUCUGCAACGUUCCCGGGCGCCGCAGCAGCUUCCCAAGGCUGGAGGCGGUUGGUUGUAGGUCCUCCUCCUCCUCCUCUUUCGGCCCAAUAGGUGUGGGAGCCGGAGUCCUGUUAAAAUCCAGCAGAGUGCAAAGCUGUCAACCGCAGAGUACGGAGGAAGAGGGAGAGAAUGAAACAGCUCCUCCUCCCCGGUGUGCGAGCGCGCGCGGGACGCUGUUGAGAAGCCCGGCGCCGGCGGCUCCAGGCGGCCGGUGGAACGGAGCUCUCCGGCCAGGGAUUGAGGAGAGUGAAGAAGGCCGAAGACAGGCUGAUGGACUCAGUGGAUAGGCUGCAUUGUCUCACCAUGACUGCUGAAAAUCCAACCCCUGGAGACCUGCCCCUUGCUCCCCUCGUCACUUGCAAACUCUGCCUGUGUGAACAGUCUUUGGACAAGAUGACCACACUCCAGGAAUGCCGGUGCAUCUUUUGCACAGCUUGCCUGAAACAGUACAUGCAGCUGGCAAUCCGGGAAGGAUGUGGGUCUCCCAUCACUUGCCCUGACAUGGUGUGCCUCAACCAUGGUAUGCUGCAGGAAGCUGAGAUUGCUUGUCUGGUGCCUGUGGAUCAAUUUCAGCUUUAUCAGCGGUUAAAAUUUGAACGAGAAGUUCACCUGGACCCCUACCGAACGUGGUGUCCCGUCGCAGACUGUCAGACAGUGUGCCAUGUUGCCUCAGGUGACCCAGGACAGCCGGUGCUGGUGGAGUGCCCUUCUUGCCACCUGAAGUUCUGCUCAUGUUGCAAGGAUGCUUGGCAUGCAGAUGUCUCCUGUAGAGAUAGUCAGCCCGCUGUCCUGCCAACAGAGCAUGGCUCCCUCUUUGGGACAGAUGCAGACGCCCCCAUUAAGCAGUGCCCAGUCUGCCGGGUUUACAUCGAACGCAACGAAGGCUGUGCUCAGAUGAUGUGCAAGAACUGCAAGCACACCUUCUGCUGGUACUGUCUCCAGAACCUGGACAAUGACAUUUUCCUCAGACAUUAUGACAAAGGGCCAUGCAGGAAUAAGCUUGGCCACUCGAGAGCCUCAGUGAUGUGGAACCGAACACAGGUGGUCGGGAUUCUUGUGGGGCUUGGCAUCAUUGCCUUGGUGACUUCUCCCUUGCUGCUCCUGGCUUCCCCGUGCAUAAUCUGUUGUGUCUGCAAGUCCUGUAGGGGCAAGAAGAAAAAGCAUGACCCAUCUACAACCUAAAGACCUCUGUUUAUAUCCGUGUGCCAGAGAUGUCUUAUACAUACGAGACAGCACAGUGAUCAAGCCCCACUUAGUGAAUUCUCCUCCUUCUUGCCAAAUUUUGGAAGUGCCUCUGUGUCCAGACUUUGAACUUGCCUGCCCGCCUGUGACAUCAGAAAAGGCCAAGUAGUGGUGUGUGUGUUCCUGUGUAAAGAGAAUCGGGUUCUGCAACCCAGGCUAUGCCUGCGGAGCAUGUCAGAAGCUUCAGGUUCCUGGGGAGAGACUAACACAUCAUCAUUUUAUCAUCUGAAGGAUCUCACUGGACGGUUCAACUUCCAGCCAUAUUCAAGGAGCCUGAGUAAACAUUCAGUAAAAUAAAGGUGUUGUCAUGGUUGGCAACACACAUGAUAACUGAGAAGCCAGAGUCUGCUCUGUGUUGAUUUGACCACCAUGGGAAACAUGGUGGGGCGGGGGGGAACCGAUGGAUAAAAUUGUUUCAGGGAAAGUUCUCCAAAGUGCGAUAAAGCCGGCUGUUUAUCUUAGAAGUCGAUAUUGUGGUUCUGCCUCUGCUGGCUACUGGGUUCGCUUUCCCAACAUUCCCACAGUGACUUGGCAGAAACACAAUAGGUUUCUCCUUGUGUGAUCUCAGCUUCAAGCAGGAGAAACUGCUGUGCAGAGGGAGUUGUCCCCUCCCAGUAAAAAGGUUUCAGCAUGUAAAACAAUAUGGUCUAAUUUAGUCUCACUCCCUUGGCAAGUAUAACUUGUUUAAGGUGAUAAACUCUUCUCUUGCAGCCAGUAGCUGCAGUCAACAAGCUUGUUUUACAUGAAGUAUAUGGGUGGAGUGGCAGAGGUUCAAAACCUUCAUCAGAGAUAACAGGGACUUUUCUUGAGCUCUGUGUUCAUACAUCCAGUAGGUUUAGAAUUGGACCUUAAAAACACACCAAGAGUGAAUGUUAAACUCCACAUCAACAUUUAGAAUCCAUAUAACUUGCUGCCUACCUAGAAUUUCUAUCCAUUGAGCAUGCAUGGCUAUACACACAACGUAAUAUUGUGUAUCGUUACACACAAUAGUACACACAAAAUAAAUGUGUAUGUAAAAGACAUCCUACUCAUAUAUUUCCUUCUGUGACUAAUACGGUUUAUUUUAAAUCAACCUGAGAUUUUUUUUGCAUAUUAUAUAUGUAAAUUUUGGUUGCAAGUUCUUAACUUACCAAAAGGUAUAGACUCGCAGACAUAACUCUUUUAAAACAACGCUUAGCACGACAUCAUGCCGUCUCGGUUUGUAAAACUGAGCGUUUUCAGAAACAAUUCAUAGCAGCUGUCUUCUCAGCAGAGUUCAGCAUCUGUUAGGGCAAUCUGAAUACUAUGUACAAGGCACUGAUAAAACCACACAAAGAUGUAAGAAAUAAAAUGUUAAAGCCUUAUAGUCUUCAAUAGUUUGGAUUUGUAUCACUUCAUUGUGACUUAUUUUUCCCAUUAUACCCUUAGUCAGAUUUUGAAUAAAUGGGUUUUGAAAAGUCAAUAACUUUUUCUCCAAUGACAGGAUGAUAUCAUUGCCAUUAGCACUGUAACUUGGUGCCUCAUGAGAACUGUAUUAAAUGUUAAUGGAGAACUCUCCUGGAGCCCAGGGAUACCACAUCAGGAACUAUCAGGACCUGUGACAUUUUCUGAGGUAACUGGAUAACUAGAUGAUUAAAUUGCUGCUAUCCUGGACCUAUUAGUAAAGAAUGAUGCUUUGCUUACGCAUAUGUAAUGGAAUGUAUUCUAAGUGGGGAUGUGUAUAUUUAAGGAACUUUAAUUCACAUGUACAUAUUGAUGUCUGAUAUAUGUAUAGUACUUUUGGUCAUGUAUAUUUUUAUUUACAGUUUGUAUAGCACAUUGAUGAGAACUCUGGGAAAACUUUUGAAUGGCAGCCAACCAAAAGCAUUUUUAAUCAUUUAUUAGAAAUUUCUCAAUAUUAAGUGUCUUUAUUUUUCUUUGAAACACUAAACACUUCAGGAAAAAAAUCAAUACUCUCUUCUAUCAAUGUGUUUCAUAUUAGUAUAAAUAUAAAUGUACAUAUAUUUGAAUUAUUUGCUUUGUCUUACACUGCCUCAUUAUAGUAAAGGGCAUUUAUAACUGCUCAGGGGAUCACAGGAACUCAACUGCAAUUGAUUUUUUUGUAUCAAGAAUGUCAGUCGUGGCAAUGUACUCCUUGAUUAGUAAAUUCUCCAAGCUCCACAAAGAAUCUUUAAACAGGGCCUGAUUUUAAGUAACCUAAAAGGAUGUUAUCAGAAGUGGACCUCCACAAUUUGGAGUAAAAGUGGAAGAAAACAUCUAUGUCAUUUCCUCAGCAAAACUGAAGGGAUUUGUCAGAGAUACUAUAACAGAAUUAGCUACUUUUUGUUGGGGAGGAUAAGGAGUGGGGCUGUUGGUCACACAGAUUUGAAAUAACUGGAUUUAAGGUUUUAAGUGUUGAAGAGUACCUGGAAAAUGGUGACUUCUUCCUUAAAUGGCUGAAUGAAUUGGCCUGUGUAAGAUUGUCAGAAUCAACAGGGACAGACAGGUUGGUAGGUAAAACCUAAAUAUAUCUCUGGUACAUCAAAGGGUAAGACGUAAGCGGAUCUAGAGAUUUUGUUUUUAAAAGGAGAGAGCUGACAACUUUGAUAACAGACUGAUGUUGCCAUUUUGGAUAACUGGCCAGUGAAAGACUUUAACCUUGUUUCCUCCCUCUGUUUGUGGGCUUUCUCCUUUCCUAAUGAUUCUUGUUCUGUACUAGGAAGAAAUCUGGAUCUAUAUGAUAAUGUUUGGAUGUGUGGCAAAACCUUUUUGUGUUUGGAGUGGUACAGUCCAUUUGAAAUAGAAAUAAAAAGUCCUUCACCAAAAUUGUAAUAACCCACCAUCUAGAAACACUACUGGAUGUAAUGGCACAACAUCUAGCUGUUGCUCCUUCUAGGAAUUUUUCUCCUGUUCUUAGGUAGGGAGGUGAUGAGGAAAGCCAUACGGGAGCACAUUUUAGAAUCUUAGGCAUCCUGUUUGUUCAUGCCGUGGAUGUUUGCUCUGGACUUGAAAUCUCUCCUUUGAAGGAGGCCUUUGAAAAAUGAAUAAUUCACAGUGAAUUUUCUUGUAGCCUGUAUAACAAAAAUCUUACCUAUCCAGGUCUGAAAAUCGACAUGCUUAUUUGAGUAUAAAUCACUGUUUCUUGGAACCCCAAAGUGUCUCUUAAAAAUUAUUCAGAAUCUAAAGAUGUAUUACUUUCGCCUUCCUUACACAGUGUUUCUCAAAGACUUUCUGUUCAUGAAUGGAUGCCUUUAUGUUUGUAGAAUCCUGUAUAUAUGUGUAGCUUUAAAGACAACUUCAGAAUGCCUUAGAUGAAUGACAUUUUAUAAAGCUGUCCUGAUUGAUAUCUAUAGGCUAUUACAUCUCGUGUUGAUUUGUGAUCUGAAAAGUUUUGUUAUGUAUUUAAGAAAUUACUGUCAUGGUUUUUCAAUUAUUUGAGAGGAAAAUAGCUGUUUUAGUCUUUCUUGUCCCAAUAAAUGUGGAGCAGGAAAUCAA